AAUCACCAACAACAUGGCUGCCGUCCACAACUGCGUCGGCGGAUCCGAGACCAGCUGCUUGCCUCCUCCUGGCGAGCUCGCUGUGAUGUUCGCUGAUCCCUCCAAGGCUGGACUUGGAUACACCGUUCCUCCUCCUGCUCACUGGUACAAGUCUCAGGUUGCCAUCUUGUAAGACUGAAAAUGUCAGUCGUCAAGUCUUGUAUUUGAGACGCUAUGUACUUCAUAUAAAUUUCGUUACAUG